GCUCAUGUUGUUUGUUGGAUAAGAAGCCAGCAAGUAAGUGAGUGAGUGAGUGAGUGAGUUCAAGGGCUCGCUCGCUGCCUACUUACACAAUCCGGAGUAGGAGCUAGAGAAGAGUACCAUCCUCCCGGAUUGACUCAGGGGACACUCGGAAUCAUGGGUAAUCAAGCCUCCACGGCGGCUGCGGAGCCCUCGCCCUCAUCCUCACCCGCUUCAGCCAUCCCCAGUGAGUGUCCCAUGCACGCCGCUAAUUCCAGUGGCGCGCCACCCGCUCCACCCGCUCCACCCACGCAAGUCAAUCCGCCCUCGGAAUGUCCUAUGUACCGUGAACAGGAGUGGGUCUCGGAGUGUCCUUCAGCCGCGGGAACGGCGGGUGCAGGCCCUACGCCAGCCCCGUUGGAUCCACGUAACAUGAUGGAACCGCCCAAUCAACGCCCUGCUCCGGAUCAGCCCUUUGAGUUACCCAAAGAACGAGAAAAAUCCACCAUCCCCAAGUCAGGUACGGGCGAGACGUGGGUGUACCCUUCGCAACAAAUGUUCUGGAACGCCAUGCUAAGGAAAGGUUGGCGUUGGAAGGAAGAGGACAUCACUCCCAAGGCCAUGGAGCACAUCAUCCGUAUCCACAACGUCAAUAACGAGGCUGCCUGGCAAGAGGUCCUCAAAUGGGAGGCUCUUCACGCGGAAGAAUGUCGCAGCCCCUCGCUCAAAAGUUUUGGCGGGAAAGCCACCGCCUUUUCGCCUCGCGCGCGCUUUCGCGGCCUUAUGGGCUACGAAAUGCCGUUUGACCGACACGAUUGGCUCGUUGACCGAUGCGGCCGUGAAGUUCGAUACAUUAUCGAUUACUACGACGGGGGCGACGUCUCUCCCACUGAUCACAAGUUCGCCAUUCUGGAUGUGAGGCCUGCUUUAGACUCGCCUACGGCCGCCUGGGACCGCAUGAAAGUGGCCUUUUGGCGGUGGAAAUACGGCGGGGAAGAGGAUCAAGUCGAAAUGCCGAAGAAGGUCUCUGCUUAGUGGGCUCACCAAAGUUGAUAAUAUUAAGAAAUUCAUCCUUUCCAUUCGUUCUCAUGUCUCGUGCUAGUCUCAUUCUAUGGCAUGGUUAGGCAGUAUACGUAAUAAAACCAAUCGCGUUGGCCUUAUUGAAACAAUUACACAAAGUGAUGUUGCUCCUA